AUGGCCAGAAGUUUUGUAUGGUGGCCGGGGAUCGAUGCUGACAUUGAGAGCAUGAUCGGUCGGUGCACCCUGUGCCAAUUAACGCGGAAUAUGCCACCGAGAGACACGUCACACCCGUGGCUGCCGCCGCAGAAGCCUUGGUCAAGGCUGCAUCUGGAUUAUGCAGGGCCUCUUCAAGGGUACACGUUCUUGGCGAUCGUCUCGAGAUGGCCGGAAGUGAUUCCUGUGUCGUCGAUGUCGGCGGCCGAACUGAUCCGUCAUCUUCGCCUUGUGUUUGCGACCCACGGAUUGCCCGAUGUCGUGGUUACCGACAAUGGCACGUCUUUCACUUCAUCCGAGACGGCCGACUUCCUAAGAAGGAACUCGAUCAGACACAUGUUCUCUCCGCCAUACCAUCCGCAGUCGAAUGGCGUCGCAGAACGUAUGGUGCAGAACGUACAAAACAAGCUUCGCCAACUACGACGCGACGAUCCUGACUGUCGUCUAUCACGUCUGUUGUUCGCAUUACGUACAACACCAUGCGCGGACAGCACAAGAUCUCCGGCGCAACUGCUCAUGAACCGUAGCCUGAGGACCUUGCUAAGCGAUGUCCGGCCAAGACGGCAGUUGACGGAGGACGCUGACCAUGCAGUCACUAGAGCGAAGAUUCAAAGCUGGUGA